UUUUACUUUUCCGACGCAAACGGCGGUGGAUGGAAAUGGUAUGCUAUUAGGAAAAAGUUUAAUUUGUUGGUAUUAUUUUGCGAAACAAAUCAUUAAGAGCAAUUAAACAACGACAUUACAAUAUUGCUCUCAAGUAUGACGACUGAUAGUGAAAAUAAAAUCAAAACAGAGCGUCGCAGCCAGGACGAAGAUGAUAUCUUCAUGAACCAAAACAGUAGCAGCACUCCGGCUAAAGAAAGCGGUGGAAGAGCUCGAACUAAAGUAAAGCUGUUUGUUGAAAAGGGUAAAGCUAGUUUCUUGCAGGACUUGCUUCAAUUUCAUGAGAAAAACGGUACACCUUUCGUGCGUUUGCCGAAAAUAUGUGGACGCGAUGUGGAUUUGCAUAAGCUUUACUCAAUCGUUAUUGGUCGGGGUGGUUGGUUGAAAGUUAAUGCCCGCGAGGACUGGGAUGAAGUGAUAGAUGAAAUGAAACUUCCGAAACACUGUGUUAAUAAUGAGAUUGCUAUCAAGCAAAUAUAUAUUCGAUUUUUGGACAGAUACGAACGGGUUAAUUUCCACGGGGAAGAAAAAGAUCCCGCUGAUGAGGAAGACGAGGAGAAAAGACACAACCGAAGAUGGUCGGCCCGAAUGCUACAUUCUAUACCGGCAGUGUAUAACCAUGCACAACAUAACAUACCAGAAGCGAUGAGAGCUUCGCUGAAUUUGUCAUGUGAUUUGUAUAAACCAACCGAGUACGACAAGUUAAUGUUAUCUCUUUUGUCUCCGCUGCCGAAUGAGCAGGAUUUUGCUAUAAACGUGUGUACACUGAUGUCUAAUGAAAGUAAACAUACUCUGAAAGUUGAUAAAUGCCCAAAAUUAGUUGAGGUUCUGUUGGCUCACGGGGGAGUCUUUAACCAUUACACUCUUCGAGACAUGUUCAAUGUUUACUAUGCAAAUAUAAGAAAUAACUCAUUGCAACGGUUUUGGAAAGAUAGUCUUCUGGAAAAACCUCAAGUGCUGGAAUUAUCUUACGAAGAUUGCUUUCAGAAGCUUGAACGAGAUCCUACCGAACUCAUCAAAAGUAUAUAUGAGGAAGACCACAAGACCGCAGAUGAAGAAAAUUGUGGACAAUUGAACAUGGCGACGUUAAGAGGAUUCCUCAGUUUGGGAUCUGGUUUAGGAACCAAUGACUAUAUUGGGCAACGAGUGCAACAAAUUGCGUCAAUAUUUAGAAACCUAAGCUUCAACGAAGAAAAUAUUAUUGUAUUGGGAGCUAACCGGUCGUUUUUAAGAUUUUUAAUCAUGUGUGCUAACGCCCGAUGGAAUAAUCUGCAUCAUAUGGGAUUGGAUAUGUUGGGUAAUGUUGCGAUUGAAAUUGACAUCAGCGAUCCCCAAGCGGAUGAGGUCACAAGAUGCUUACUUUCCACAAUUUCGGAAGGGUUAGAGGGAGCAGAUCGAGGAGUCAUCAUUAGUUGUUUGGAAAUACUGAGUAAAAUAGCUCAGAAAGAAAGUAACGAGGAAAAUCUUACCAGAUGUUUGAAUCAAACGAUAUAUGAUCAAAUUUGUUUGUUUCUUUCGUUGAGUGACAUAAUGUUGCUGUUGUACACACUGGAAUGUAUCUAUUCGUUAACGUCAAUGGGCGAAAAACCUUGUACCUCGAUGAUGCAUGUAACUGGUAUAAUUGACACGUUGGUUUCGCUGGUAACGGUGGAAGCACAAAGUUAUGGUCCUGAUGCUUGUAUACUAAUGCGAGUAGUGGAAACCAUCCCUGGGAAUAUAUCCGGUUAUCAUUCUGGCAAUCCAAAUCAAAAUCCUAGCUCCACUAUGCAAUCACAAGCACCAAGCAUGGCUCAACUAACGGUACAACAGAAAGAACAACCUUCAAUUCCGAUUCCAACUAUUCCUGCGCUACCGGAGGUUCCCAAGAACACAGUAUCAAGUAAAAUGGCGGCUUCAACCGCAAUUGGUCAAAUGAACACAACUACUACGAGUACAGCUUCGCCCGUGAAUACAACGGGCAUUCAAGUAACCAGCGUAACUCGUCCAGCAGCUUCUCAAUCUCCUCAAAUACCUGUUAAUAUUAUAAGCCGUGGUGACGCAACCCCGCCAAAACUUCCUGUUACUCAAGUAGCAGCUACAACCUCGUCACAAAGUUCAGUAUCAGGUCCGGUGACGGUGGCGGCCAAACACGCUCAGCAACAACAGUCCCAGGAGAAUGAACAGUUUGCAUAUGCUUGGUUGAAAGCAACCUUUGAAACUACAUCGACCUUGGCGAGUAAAAUCGAACAGAAUGAAGUAUAUCGGCAGUAUUUGGCAGCGAAUGCAAAAAUCGGUCGCAAAGCUGUAGUACCGCAAGCGCAUUUUCCACGUUGCAUGCGAACCGUUUUUGGAGGCACUGUUGGACCGACGCAGGUUAAAACCGAACAUAACGGGGUUGAAACCUGUAACUUGUACUACGAAGGUAUCAAACUCAGACCAAAGCCAUCCUCGUUAUCUGCGGGUGCUCUGCAGAAAAGUGCAGCAAUGAAUCCAAGCGUAGAAUCUAGUAGCACCAUCAUCAGUAACACCAGUAACGCAACUCAUGGCGCAGUCAUGAGCCAUAAUGAUAGUAAGCCGCAUCAGAAUGUAUCAAAUAAUGGCAAAUGUGGACCUGGACAAAACAUAGUCAGUGGUUCUCACUCACAUUCAAAUAUGAGCGUACCUACGACGUCAAAUGCAACUUCCAAGUCAGUAACAUCACUAGGAACUAUGGCGAAAUCAAAUCCAAUGCAUCAUGGAAAUUUUGGAAAAUUGACUGUCAUCCAAAAACCAAUCCCUUCAGUUCAUGCAUUAUCAAAAGCUCAACAACAGCCUCCAACUACUAAACCAGUUCAACAGAUUAAACCCCAACUGAUUGGCGGCGGAACGGGUGCUACCGCUAGUACCAGUGGAAAGCAAAGCCUCAUGACCCAGAAACCGUCUCAUCAAAACCAGCCAGCACAGAUCAUGCAGCAAAUUUUAAACCCUAAUUCGUCCAUUGACCCACAGAACAACGUAAUCGUAGUAAAUCAGACCACAAUCUCGCCACAGCCAUUAGGAACGGUUAUCGCACCACCUCAGCCACCGCAGCAGACGACCGGUACGACAACGAUUAUGAACCAGUCCGGUACAAUCUCGUCGACUACAACCAAUCCGUCGGCAUUGAUCAAGAGCCUGUUGGCGAACAAGGUAACAACGGUGACGAGUAACGAAUCGACUGCUACCAGCAGUAGCAGCACCGGCUGCGUCGUCGUGUCAUCCUCUGCUACCAGUAGUUUGUUGUCUACUACCACUAGCAACACUAGCAUCAUCCCUUCUUCUUCUUCCAUUAGCAAUAGUUUGACUGCAUCGAAUGUUAACGUGCAUCAGGUUGCACAACGGCAGCAGUUAAUGAAACAAAAACAAACAAAUUCUGCACCGACGGGAAAUUCUCAACAUCCCAACAGCUCUGUUGUGGUCACUUCCAAUAGUCCUAACAAUUUGACCAAUAUAAAAGUAGGAAACUCCACAAUUUCUAUCAAACCCGGUACACUCCCAACGAAUACCGUUAUUACCGCGACUAAUCCACAGGACAAAGAUCCACCACCGUUGGCCCCUUUAACUUAUCAAGCAGACGGAGCUCUCACCAAACCAGGCUCAACAAAUAAAAUGCUUGUUGAUUUACUAGAUAAACAAACAAAUGAUCCUCCUGUGUUUGCCAUUGGUGAAACGACAGUGAAGCGUAAAAGCGAUAUAGAUUCUUCCGAGCCACCAGCAAAAAAAUUGGAUUUGAUAGACACAGAAGAGGUAAAGGUAACUCCGAAGGCAGCUGAUUUGUACGCCGAGCUAGCUGGUUCAAUUCUGGCUGAUGAGGAUUUAGAGGACAUCGAAAUGAAAGUUCCGAAGGAGGAACCAAAGUUUAAAAUACAACCCGCACCAACACAGCAGGUUAUCACAGUGCCUGCUCCUCUACAGCGUCAAAUCAUUAUGAAUCCAAACAAUCCACAACAGAUGCUUCUAUCUCCCGGUGGUGCGGGAGGACAGCAGUUGACUGCCCAGACAACUGCUACCAUUAAAACGGAUACAGGAUAUCAAACUGUGCCUGUCAUUCUACAGCACAACCAAAGUCAAAUUCAGCUCCAAAAAGCGCCACCUGUCAUGCAACCUACCGUUAUUUCCAAUCCUCAACAACCUACUCAAUACAUACUGGCUACCAAUCCACAGGGUCAAACAUACGUUGUAGCUCAACAACAACAACCACAGCCACAGCUCCAACAAACGGUUCUUCUGACUCAAAGUCCACAACAUGGCACACAACAAAAAACUAUAAUUAUCCUGCAGCAACAACCAACCCAAAACGCUGGUGGACAGCAAUUCGCCCAGGCUCAGUCGCAAACUCCUCAAAAGGUGUUUGUGAACCAACAAGGUCAACAGAUCAUCAUGACUCAGAUGCCUCGACAGAUGCAACAUCAGACUUUAAUAUCGUCACCAGGUGGCCAAAUCGUGGAAAAGAAGCCCAUAUACAUAACGACUAACCAACAGGGAAAUACAAUAAGCAUCGAAGGACCUUCACAACAAAUUAUCAAAACGAAUCAACCACAAAUCAUUCAAACUCAUUUGGGGCAACAGCAAAACGCAACUCAGCAGAUUCAACAAAUUCUUCAGCAGAGUGGAUCGCAGACUUUUCAAAUUAUUCAGCAACCACAACAGCAGUCAGUGUCGACUCAACCAUCUCAACAAAUUUUAAUUCAGCCCCAGGUGGCGCAGCCUUCACAUCCACAAAUCGUUAUACAAUCUCCGUCCCAGCAGCUUCAACCACAGAUAAUCUCUCAACAAAUUAUUCAGCCUGCGCCUUCACAAAUUGGCCAAAAACUUGCACAGCAAAAGCUCAUUCAACAAAACCUCCACCCUCAGCAGCAGCAACAGCAACAACAGAUAAUCACUCUUCAAAAACAAUCAACUCAACAAUCUCCUUCAUCCAAACCAGUUACUGUUCAAUCUUCGCCUCAACUUCCUACCAAAACCAUAAUAGUUCAGCAGCAGGCUUCUGCUUCAUCCGGUCCGGCACAAAAGCAAAUAAUCCAAGUUGUCCAGCAAAAGAUAUCGACACCCCAUUCUAAACCACAACCAGUUCAGCAAUCUCAGCAAAAAUCAACCGUUCAAACGCAAGCCAACAUAAAAAUGACAUCUCAAGCGUUAGCUGUGUCGGAAUCUCCCUCAACGAAUAUCGUGACGAUAACAACCCCAACGUCAUCCGUUCCGGCAAAAGGUAUCACUAGUACUUCAAACACUUCGUCUACAUCUACGUCUUCUCUAAUCUCAACACCUUCUACGAAAACAAUUUCCAAUUCUCAAUUCUCGACACCUUUAACUACAAUCGCUUCUGCUAUUUCUGCAAUUCCAUCAUCUCCUUCAGCUCCCUCAAACAGUUUGUCGACGUCGAUUCAACCAACAUCCACGACCAUUCCUGUGUCUGGUACAAACAGCACAAUACAAAUGAUUCCGGCAAUGGAUCCGUCCAAGGUGGUUGACGAGGAUGUUGAGUUAAGUUGGCCCUGGGUGUGUGAUUGGCGUGGAUGCCCUCGGAAAAAGUUUGCGUCGGCAAACGAAGUUUACAUGCAUGCUUGCGCUGUCCAUUGCCCCGAUACAGUUGAUUCUACUGCGGAUAUUUAUUGUCAAUGGGGCCCUGGACCAAACCUUUGCGAUAACCUUCCCCGUAAACGGUUCUCCUUGAUGACACACAUCUUCGACCGUCAUUGCACAAGUGAUUCCUUCAAGUUAACAGUUCAGCGUCGUAUAACAAGUGCCAGUUCCGGUGCUCACCAACCGCAACAAGCAUAUCCAGUUACGUUGGUCCGACAACCGGGUGCUCAUACUCCACCCGGUUCUUCAGCUUCAUCAACCACUUCGGAAACUUCAACUAGUCCCUCAACACAAGCAGCAAGUGUACCAUCUCAAGGUCCUGGACAUCUUUCGGCUGCAGGUCCGGCAGCGCUUCAUGCUAUUAAGAGACACGCCAUCGACUGGACCAAUGCUAAAGAGUUUCAGGAUGAUAUCGAAGGACCGGUAACUAAAAGCAUUCGCCUUACAUCGGCUCUGAUUCUCAGAAAUCUGGUGGUUUAUAAUAAUACAGCAAGAAGAAACUUGCGGGCCUACGAACCUCAUCUCGCGGGGAUGGCAAUGAACAACGUUGAAGCCAGUCGCACUAUUUCACAGGUUCUGUUUGAAAUGAAUGACACCCAGCAUAACUUUUAAGUACAAGGUAACCCUUUUAUUGGACGACGAUGAAAGAGUGUAUUAGUGCUCGAAGUUGAAUAACAACUUACCUAUUUUUAUAUACUGUGACACACCUUACAUAUACUUUGAAAACGAACAAAAAAUACAUCGGGAAUAUGAUAUAUAUUCCAAAUAUAACUCGUUUGUCAUUCAAAUUACA